GUCUUGCAUUUGAUGGUUGUUUCAUUACAUUUUAUAACUUGAUUUCAGGUUCAUUGAGAAAUAUGGUACUCAUGUGGUUGUGGGUGUAAAAAUGGGAGGAAAAGAUGUCAUUUUCAUGAGGCAAUUACGAGAAUCGAAGGUAGAGCAAACCGAUGUGCAGAAGAAGUUAAAGAAAUUAGCAGAUGAUAAAUUUUCUGAAGAUGCAAAUGGAGGUUUCACGUCCAAUUAUGUUGCAGCAAAAAUCAAGGAUGAAUAUUCUCUGCCAUGGGAGCUUCGUAAUGCAUUUGCUGCCUCUAUCAAACCACCAGUGAUCAAUCACUCAAAGGGUGAUGAGUUAACAGCGAUUUAUAUUAGGAGAGGAGGUGUUGAUGUUGGUCAAAGUCAUAAUCAAUGGCUCUCAACCAUUUCUCAGUCACCUAAAGUUAUCUCGAUGUCCUUCGUACCAAUAACAUCACUCAUGAAUGGCAUCCGAGGCAAUGGAUUUCUAAGCCAUGCCGUGAACCUGUAUCUAAGAUGUAAGUAUGCAAGUCUUGCUUUUAAGUGUUGUUUCUCUACAGCCAAUGGACUUGGAUAAUUUUUGUCCUUUAAUGAGAACCUGAAAUAUGGAGAUCAGAUACGUACAUUAUUUGCCCUUAAAAUUUGACCUUAGUUACUCUUCCCAUGGUAGCUGUAGUACUUGCAGCUUCCAUUAAAAGAUUUUGACCCUAUGUUCUUGCCAACAAGGUACCAUUCACAUUUAGUAUUAGAUUUUGAUCAUUGAAAAAUUGUGCAGAUAAACCUCCAAUUGAGGAGCUCCAGCAAUUUCUUGAAUU